AUAUUCAUCUUUGUUAUAAAAAAUGUAAUUGGUAGAAUUUUAUUGGAAGGUAGGACACCACCUGUGGAUGUUAUAAAUCUUUUAUCGCGUAAUACGAUUAAAGUUGAUUAUGAAGAAGCAUUUCAAUAUGCUUGUACGGAUUUAUCACGUUUUACGGCACAAUUAUGGCAUGAAUGUGGUAUACAUAUUUAUGAUGAAAAUUAUCAUAUAGGUCAAAGGUCAUUUUCGAAUCUCUAUAGGCAUCUAACAGGUGAAAGUAAACUAUCGAUUUCAUUUGUACCAAAACUUCGUAUUGAGAAAUUUACCGAGGAAGUAAUGCAACUGAUCAAUGUUGAAAGUUUUCGUGAGCGUUUAUGCAUGGAACCAUUAAAAUGGUAUCGUUUCACACUUUUAAAACCAUCAAAAAAUUACUGUGAAAUAUUUUUACGAUCAUGUUUUCGACAAUGUCGACGAUGUCAAAAGAAAUCAACACAUCAAUAUUUAUGCCUUCUUUGUGGACGAUUGUUUAAUUUUGAUCAAACUUGUUAUGAUAUACCAGGAUGUUUAAUUUUUCAUGCAAAAGAAUGUGGUAAUAGUGCGAUAUGCUUUUUAUCAAUUGCAAAUAAAGUAGUUAUAAUAAUAUUGGGUCAACUUGGAGCAAUUUGGGGUCACCUGUAUUUUGAUAUUCAUGGUAAUGCAAAUUAUCAUGAUCCAACACAUAUUGUGCCACUCUUUCUAUCACAACAACAUUUUCAUAAACUUAUCGAAGACUGGACAUGGCAAUCAUUUACAUUUAUGUUCAAAAAUCUUACAGAUUUAAUUGGUAGUCGAAUGGUACGCAGUAAUCAUUUGCAAUGA